CCGCAGCCUCCCCCCGGCCCCCGGCCCCCGGCCCCCGGGCAUCCCCGCGCCCCCAGCCCGCACCAUGCGCCGCGCCCCGGCCGCCGCCGCCGCCCCGCUGCUGCUGCUGGCGCUGCUGCUGGCGGCGGCCCCGCCGCCCGGCGGCUCGGAGAGCCCGAAGGGGAAGCAGAAGGCGCUUCGGCAGCGGGAGGUGGUGGACGUGUACAACGGCAUGUGCUUGCAAGGCCCCAGUGGCGUUCCUGGACGGGAUGGAAACCCAGGAGCCAACGGGAUCCCCGGGACGCCUGGGAUCCCAGGACGGGACGGGCUGAAGGGGGAGAAGGGCGAGUGCAUGCGCGAGAGCAUCGAGGAGUCCUGGACGCCCAACUUCAAGCAGUGUUCGUGGAGUGCGCUUAAUUAUGGCAUCGAUCUUGGGAAGAUAGCAGAAUGUACAUUUACAAAGAUGCGCUCGAACAGUGCUCUCCGCGUUCUCUUCAGCGGAUCGCUUCGGCUAAAAUGCAAAAAUGCCUGUUGUCAGCGCUGGUACUUCACUUUUAAUGGGGCAGAAUGUGCUGGGCCACUUCCUAUUGAAGCCAUAAUAUAUUUAGAUCAAGGAAGCCCGGAGCUGAAUUCUACUAUUAAUAUACACCGAACUUCUUCAGUGGAAGGUCUGUGUGAAGGGAUCAAUGCCGGCUUGGUGGAUAUUGCCAUCUGGGUCGGGACUUGCUCAGAUUAUCCACGGGGAGAUGCUUCUACUGGAUGGAAUUCAGUCUCCCGAAUCAUCAUCGAAGAACUGCCAAAAUAACUUUCCCUCCCUUUUUAUAAUCUCUCCCUUUUUUUUUAUUUUGUACAAUUUUCUUCAGAAUUUAUUUCUAUAGAGUUGGAUGCAAGUAUUUGACUGAAAGGCACCAAACUCUUGCAUCUGUAGUCUUUGUCUAGCCUUUUUUUGCACAUUGCAGGGGCUUUUUAUAAUAGUCAUUUUAGAAUAUAAAUAUCAAAAACAAGUUCAUUAACUUUUUUAAUUCCUUGUUUGACGUAUGAAAAUAUACCACCACCAUU